AUGCCUGGAACUCCUGACGAGCAACUUCGCGCCGCCAGGCACAAACGGCAUACGAUGAUGCAAUGGAUCAAAUGGAGCGUGGAGGGCAGGAAGAAAUACCGACAAUCUACGGCGGCUGUCCGCCGCUUUCGGUUGCGGGCAGACUGGGUCCAUCAGGCGCUGCGAUCAAUCCGUCCGGUGUCAUGUGCCGAAGGUAGUGCGACCAACGAGAGAAAUUGGAGGGCCACUCAAAUCACCCUUGGUAGUCUGGAACCCUCUCCUCCCUCUACACUCAAACCUUUGGCCCUCGCAGGCCCUGUUGGCGUUGGCGUUGGCGUUGUUCAGAAAAGGUGGAACUGUGGCAUCACGGACCUGAGUCAGACUCGCAGUCAACUUCGGCGUAGCAAGAUCCAGUGGGCAGCCAUUCGUUGUGGCCGGUUAAGCGUAGGUCUCUAUGUCUGCCAGCAAAACAAUACCUAUUUAACUACAAUACCUCUACACCUUGUGAGCGGCGAUGGCGACGUCUCUGGUGCUCGACAGGCAGUCCCCAAGACCGCCCUCAGGACCAAAUGCAGGAUCACCUACAAGAUCACCGUCAAGACCACUCCGAGGGCCACUGUGACGGUAAGGCACAUGGAAGAUGGAGAUGGCUCCAAAGAUGUGUAUUCCUAUGUACCAAGAGACUAA